AUGGAUAACUCGGAAUCGACAUUGAAUGUGGAUGAUUUAGAAGACACCAAUGUGUUAGGUAUAAAUGGGGAUCCAAUGAAGUUCGAAAACCAAGAUGAAUUGGAAGUUAAGCAUGCUGAUGAUGAUGGAGUUGAGGAUCAAAUGGAUAUGGAUGUCGCAGACGAUGAGUUAUUAGGUAACGUGAGUCUUGAAAAUGGGCAUGAUAGUAUGGAUGUUGAUGCUGGUGAAGGUGAAGUUAUUGAAAGUGAUAAUAAAAGUAAUGUUCAAGCUGUACAAGGUGUUGAUAACAAGGAGAAUGAGAAAGAUUAUGAUUCAAAUGAGAAAAACUUAGAAUCUAAAGAAGCUAAUAAUGAUUUUGUAAGGGAUGCGGAGUAUAAAGAAAAUAUUAACGGAGGUGAUAAUCAAGAUGACAGUGUCGACAUACACAAUAAUGCUAAAGAGUUAGAAAAUAUUCAAAAUGAAAGCAAUGGAGAAUCACAAGAUGAUCAAAAUGGCAACGAAUCUGAAAAGGAAGGAGAUCUACAGCAACAAGAACAAGAGAUAGAACCACUAAACUUCGAUGAGAAAGAAAAAUUAGAAGAUUCAUUUCAAAUUGAACAAGAACGCAAAGGCUUUCAAGAUAAACUUCAAAAUAACGUUGAAGAUGAAGAUGAAAAGGAGAAUAGAACUGGAAAUGAAUAUCAAAAUGCAGAAAAAAAUGAAUAUCAAAAUGAAGAUGAGAAUGCAUCUCAAUCCGAAUCUGAGCUGAAAUCACAUGACAUACGAGAGCAGAUUAAUGAUGAUAGCAUUGACUUGCAAGCUGCCGGUCAAGAACCAAAAUCCAACGAAAUAGACACAGAAUUAACAAAUUCAGCAAUGUUACCAAAUGUGGAGACAGAUAAGCUUAUACUGAAUCAAGAUAAUACCCAAAAUGAUAUUGAUUAUCCUGCUUCGAAUGAUAUUACAGCUGUGCCAGAAGUAAACAAUCAUACCACGUUCGAACAUUCCGAAAAAACUGCAGAUAAAGAUAUUGAUGAUGCACAUGAUGUUGCAAAUGAAACUCAGAAUAAAGAUACAGUUGAAUCACAUGAAAUUACAAACGGAACUCAACAAAAGGAUGUAUCUGAAGUAUCAGUUCAAGAAAUAGGCGAUAAAAUAAAUAAUGAACAUUUUGGACAAACUGUUCUUAAAAAUAACGAAAAUAAUAGUGAAAGUCCUGAUGUGGCUUCUAAGGAUGAAACUCACUUAUUUGAUACCCAAAAUAAUAAACAAAAUGAAGAUGGUUUAGAGAGAAAACUAGACACCUAUGCUAUGAAUUCUAAAAGUCCAAAUCCAGUCAAAAAUGAUGGCAUAAUUGACAAUAACGUUGUAGAAACUGAUGCAAAUCAUUCUGAAGAAGAACAAAAUAAGGCUAAUGAUCAAGAGGAAGAAGACGACGAAGAUGAUGAUGAUGAUGAUGUCGAUAUGUUUAAUGAAAAUUCUAAGGAUGAAGAAGAUCCUAGUAAAGAUAAGCGUUCUGAAGCUGAAAAAUUGUAUAUACCACAAUCUCAUAAAAUAGUUAUUCCAAGCUACUCAAGAUGGUUCGAUUUAAACAAAAUUAAUGCACUUGAAAAAAAAUCAUUGCCAGAAUUCUUUACAAAAAGAAUUGCUUCGAAAACUCCACAGGUUUAUGUGAAAUAUCGUAAUUUCAUGGUAAACACAUAUAGGAUUAAUCCAAAUGAAUAUUUUACUGUGACAGCAGCUAGAAGAAAUAUAUCUGGUGAUGCGGCAGCUUUAUUUAGGGUUCAUAAGUUUUUGAUGAAAUGGGGUUUGAUUAACUAUCAAGUAGCAGCUGAACUACUGCCAAAACCGUUCGAGCCACCUUUAACAAAAUUAUAUAAAGUUUCCCAUGAUGCGCCAAAAGGUUUAUUUCCAUUUGAAAGCUAUAAGCCGUCCGUACAGUUACCAGACAUGGUAAAAUUGAAAAAAAUGAUGGAUUUAGAUGAAAACUCUCCAGGUCUAGGGAAAUAUUUAUCUGAAGCAAAGAGAAAAUUUGAUGAGGUCACUGACUUCUCUGAUGAAACGAAUAAAAGCCUUGUUGAAAAUAAAAUUCAAUCUCCUACGGGUGCUGAGGAUAGUUUGGUUUCAGGUAGGUUAAUUAAAAGACCAAAAAUAUUAGAUGAAGUUGAAAAUAUUAACAGCAAAAAUCCUGUUACUUGGACAAAGGAUGAAUUGAAAGCUCUAUUAAAUGGUAUUCAAAAAUAUGGUGUUGACUGGUAUAAGAUCGCUAAAGGAGUAGGAAAUAAAACGCCAGAACAUUGUAUAUUGAAAUUCAUUCAAUUGCCAAUUGAAGAUAAGUACUUGUAUAAUGAAAUGAAUGGAGCUGAUAAAAGUGACCUAGGUCCUAUAAAAUUUGCUCCUCAUUUACCAUUUUCCAAGGCUGAUAAUCCAAUAUUGUCAACCAUUGCAUUUUUAGUUGGUUUGGUUAAUCCAAGCGUAGUUCAAAGUAUGACAAAUAGAGCAAUCACUAAAAUUGCGGAGGAAGAAGAAGAAAAAGCAGCAUCGGAACAAGUUAAGGAAAACUAUAAUGAUACUAGUGGAUCAGUAAAUGAAGGUUCAGAAAUUGCAUUAGCAUCCGUUGGUAUCCGUUCUCAUAUUUUUAAAACACAUGAAGAGAGGAAAUUAAAUUCCAUUUCAAAUCAACUUAUUGCCUCACAAUUGGAGAAAGUUGAUAUGAAACUAAAAUUGCUUGAUAAUAUUGAAAAAUCUCUUGAAUUGGAAAAAAAGGCAUUACAGGUUCAACAAGAAGAAAUAUUUCUACAAAAACUCUCAUUAGCAAAACAUUCCAUGUCUGUUUAUAAUAAAUUUAAUGAACUAGUUGAGCUUACAGAACUUGGUGAAGAUUCAGAAAAAUUAGUAACAAUAUUAGACGAUAUUAAAGCCUCUUUGUCGAAUCCACCUGUUAUUUCAUUUGGUUCAAGAGAUGAAUCAUCGAAAGAUGAUGAAUCAAUCACUAAUGAUGAUAAAAAUGUAAAGAAUAAACAUGGUUCGAUAGAAAAUUUCAAACCGGUAUCGCUAGCUUCCCCACAAUCUUAUAGGUAUUGGUCAGCCUAA